AUGGGUAAUACAUUAACACCAAUACCAAAUACUGUUUCAUUACCCAUAUUUGGGGUUGGCUUAACUACUCUUUGUUUAAGUCUAUGUUUUUGCUGUUAUUUAUGGCGAUUAAGACGAGAUACACUUAGAGAAAAGGGUUACCGAAAAGAUCAAUAUAUGCGAUGUAAAGUUAAAAAUUCUAAUUGUGUUAUUUGUUUGGAUGAUUUUUAUGAUGAUGAAGAAAUAGCUGUAUGUCCGUGUGAACAUGCAUUUCAUAAACGUUGUUUAUCUCCAUGGUUACAACAUAAUUGUACAUGUCCUAUGUGUAAUAUGUGUAUUAAACCGGAAACAUCUGCUUCAUGUCAAUUGCCUGAUAUAAUUUAA